GAGGAAAACUGCUUGGCUGACUUCAUAACAUUAGUUACUCAACGCGGGGGUGAUGCUCGAACUUUAAUGGCAGUUUAUAAUUUAUAUAACUUGUUAGUUUUAUUAAACUUAAAUACACACAGAUAAAGAAAGAAAAGUAAAACGGGAAUUUUAUUAGAAUAAUUUUCAGGUUAAGCCAAGAACAAAAUGCCAAAGCAUGACUUCUUAACACCUAAAGCCAUAGCCAACAGAAUCAAAGCUAAAGGGCUUCAAAAACUACGAUGGUAUUGUCAGAUGUGUCAGAAACAGUGUCGAGAUGAGAAUGGCUUCAAGUGUCAUACCUUGUCUGAAUCUCAUCAACGACAACUGUUGCUGUUUGCUGAAAAUCCAGACAAGUAUAUAGACAGUUUCUCAGAAGAAUUCUUAAACACUUUUAUGGAGCUUUUGAAGAGAAGAUUUGGGACAAAGCGUAUCCAUGCCAACCAAGUAUAUCAAGAAUACAUCGCUGAUCGAGACCAUCUUCACAUGAAUUCUACUCAGUGGGAAACUUUGACUGAUUUUGUCAAAUGGCUUGGCCGAGAGGGGCACUGUACUGUUGAUGAGACAGAAAAAGGGUGGUUUAUUACAUAUAUAGACAGAGAUCCAGAAACCAUUCGCAGACAAGAAGCUGUGUCCAAAAAAGAGAAAUUGGACAUGGAUGAUGAAGAAAGAAUGGCUAAAUUUCUACAGAAACAGUGCCAUGCGGUUUCUGUUCAGGAAUUGAUCCUAGCCAUUAAGAUGGUUUGCACCCAUGCAUUUGUUGGUUCAAAGUCGGUAGAUACUUUUACUUUCAGAUUGUCUGGAUCUGCCAAAGGCCAUGAAGUAAAGGCCACAACAUCUAAAUUACCAACAAACACAAAUCCUUUGAAUAAUAUACUUGUGCCACCUGGUGGAGAAAAAAGGAAAAUACAAAAAAAUGAAGUAGGAGAGAAGAAGAAAAAAUGUGUUCUUGAUGAAAUAAUGGAAGAACAAGAAAAGGCUAAAGAAAGACUGAAUCGGAAAGAUUAUUGGCUAACUCCUGGACUAGUUGUGAAAAUUAUUUCAAAGCAACUAGGUGACAAAUACUACAAGAAAAAGGGGGUAGUUCAGGAGAUGAAAGACCUGUAUGUAGGUAUCGUGAAAAUGCUCGACUCGGGUGACGUACUAAAGCUAGACCAAGCUCACCUAGAAACCGUCAUUCCAGCUCUAGGACGACCCGUGCGAGUUUUGAAUGGAGCCUACAGAGGAUGUGAUGCCGUACUAAUGGAUAUAAACCAAGAAAAGUUUUGUGUUACUGUUAAAAUUGAUUCGGGUCCAACGAGAGGAAGAAUCGUAGAUGGUAUUAAGUAUGAAGAUAUUUCAAAAAUCUAUAAGACCUCUUGACCAGAUAAGAUUCUGCAGCAACCCUUCACUGCCUGCGAUAAGUUUUUUCAAAAGAAUCUUGGUUGCUAUAGAAACAUUUGAAGAACUUUUUAAUAAAGUAUCCAGAUGCUGAAGAAGAUUUUCAAAACUUGUACUUGGCAAGAAUGAUGAGGUUUUUCUGCAAAAAAAUAUUAAUAUACAAUUGCUUAGUUUUAUAUGGAAAUUUCUGUACCGAAAAACUUAAAAUCAUUUUGUAUUUGAUGUAACACGUACGUAAAAAUUAAUACAAAGGCAUAAUUUGGGUGUAAGUCUAUUAAAUUUGUUUGGAAAACAAAAUUGACAGAAGUAGUUGGUGCGAAGAUAAUAGGAUUUAGAAACUAAAGUAUAGUGUAUGAAGCUAUGGAAUCUUAAGUGUAAUAACUCUUGAAAACUUGACAAGUUACACUUAAAAAUUUGUACGCUCCAAACACAAUCAUCUGUUGAAUGUUUUUAGAAAUCUUUCAUUUUCAAUUCUUGUAGUGAGAAAUACCAGUUGUGUAUGUAUAUACCUUUUUUACAGUGUUUUCU